AGAGAAUAUGAGACUUAAGAGAGAAGUCAAUAGCGUGCCCAACGUCAUAUAGAGAGAUGUCAGGGUCUCAGGACAACAUCCACUCGGGCGGAGGGCCCUGGAUAAAAAAAAAAAAAAAAAAAAAAAAAAUCCAGUUUCUCCAGAGAACCAGAUUGGUUGUGAUCACAACAGAUUCCGCCCAAAGGUGACUUCUGCCCUAGGUGGCCUAGGGCGAGAUCUUGUGAGCACAGGAAGCCCCAGCUGAAGAAAGCCAGACUUGUAACCUCGAUGGGAGCAUUCCUGUAGGAUGCCUUCCAUUUCUACUGGACCCACUUACGGGUCUUCAUGUCCCACUUAAACUUUAUCAGAGUACCCUGCAACAAUCUCGGAUUGAACCACCAGUGGAACGUUGAACAGGGCAAAAUGUGGCACUCUUACAGGCCUGUCUCCCCAUCUGUCCAACGGAUAUAUUUUGAAAUAACGAGAAACGCUCCCUGCGUUAUGCGCGAGGGCCAAACAACUGCCUGAAUCAUUGCUGCUGUACUUGAACGUGGCUUCCGCCAGCCGGGUUUCGCGGGUCCUACGGAAAGCGCACCGCGCCGCCAAGCUCCGCGCCCUGGCCCCGCCCCUUUGCGCGCGGCGCCUUGGCCCCGCCCACAGCGGGCUCCGCAGAUUCGCUAGGCUGGGUUUUCAAGAUUCUUCGAGCACUUCUUGGUUGAAAAUUCUCAUUAGAUUCUACGACGACUUUGAGCUGUAGUCAUCUCCACCUGGAUCGGAAGUAGACUGUCCCCUGAAUCGUCCUACUCAGGCGACCGAGAAAGGUGGCUAAGUCUACCACCUUUGGCAGGGCUUGGUUGACUUGGAGUUAUUUUCUUGAUUCCGCCAAGGCAGGUGAAGGGAGGAAAUGGUUGAAGCCAGUGGCAGCGGCGAAUUUGCAGCCUUUGGCCGCGCAAGGAAGAAGCCAGGAAGACAGGCAAAGGAGCGCGCAUCCUGUUAACUGAUCGCCCCGCCCGCCUGACGAAUCUGCGUCUAUUCAACGCGCCACUCAAGCCUCCCGAGCUCUGGAUGGCCUCCUCCCCUCCGCCCCGCCCCCUUUCCCUCAGAGACUAGGCGCAGCUUUCGUCACCGCCGAUUCGUUAAGAACUCCAGACGGGAACAGCUAGAUACCGGGGGGAAGCCUACUCUCCAGGGAAUGCGACCAAUCUCCAGGUUCCCUAGGCUGCAGUUUCAGCGCCUUCUAAGGCCCCAGUCGAGACAAGGCCGCUGUUCUCGCCUUCGUGGAUCGCCCGGCAGCGCCCGUGGCGAAAGUGCGAAUGCAGACGCGGUGCCCGCUGGACCUCGCGCAGUGUAAAUGAGCAAAGAUGGAUCAAGAAGGUGGGGGAGAUGGGCAGAAGGCCCCAAGCUUCCAGUGGCGGAACUACAAGCUCAUCGUGGAUCCUGCCUUGGACCCUGCCUUGCGCAGGCCUUCUCAAAAGGUGUACCGUUAUGACGGAAUUCACUUCAGUGUCAACGACUCAAAGUACAUACCAGUGGAAGACCUCCAAGACCCCCGUUGCCAUGUCAGAUCCAAAAACCGAGACUUUUCCCUUCCAGUCCCUAAGUUUAAGCUGGAUGAGUUCUAUAUUGGGCAAAUCCCACUGAAGGAAGUGACUUUCGCAAGGCUGAAUGACAAUGUGCGGGAAACCUUCCUGAAGGAUAUGUGCCGAAAGUACGGCGAGGUAGAAGAGGUAGAGAUCCUCCUUCACCCCCGCACUCGCAAGCACCUGGGCCUGGCGCGCGUGCUCUUCACCAGCACCCGGGGUGCCAAGGAGACAGUCAAAAACCUCCACCUCACCUCCGUCAUGGGCAACAUCAUCCAUGCCCAGCUUGACAUCAAAGGACAACAGCGAAUGAAGUACUAUGAAUUGAUUGUCAAUGGUUCCUACACCCCUCAGACUGUGCCCACAGGGGGCAAGGCCCUGAGUGAGAAGUUCCAGGGUUCUGGUGCAGCCUCUGAGACGACUGAAUCCCGCCGCCGCUCAUCCUCUGACACAGCUGCCUACCCAUCAGGCACUGCUGUGGUGGGCACUCCAGGCAAUGGCACCCCCUGCUCACAGGACACAAGCUUCUCCAGCAGCCGACAAGAUACCCCCUCUUCCUUUGGCCAGUUCACCCCUCAGUCCUCUCAAGGAACCCCCUACACAUCUCGGGGCAGCACCCCUUAUUCUCAGGACUCUGCCUACUCUAGCAGCACCACUUCAACCUCCUUUAAGCCCCGGCGGUCGGAAAACAGCUAUCAAGAUUCCUUUUCCCGCCGCCAUUUCUCAGCAUCUUCAGCCCCCACAACUGCCUCCACAUCCAUCUCCACCACCACUGCAGCCACUGCCGUGUCCUCUUCUUCUUCCUCCUCAUCCUCAUCUUCAUCAACGUCCUCUUCUUCCUCGUCCUCUCAGUUUCGUGGUUGUGACUCAAACUACCCAGCGUAUUAUGAAAGCUGGAAUCGCUACCAGCGUCAUGCUUCUUACCCACCACGCCGGGCAACUCGUGAGGAGCCCUCGAGUGCCCCUUUUUCUGAAAGUACUGCUGAGUGCUUCCCACCCUCCUACACCUCAUACUUGCCCCCUGAGCCCAGCCGGCCCACAGACCAAGACUACCGGCCUCCUGCCUCCGAGGCCCCACCCCCAGAGCCUCCAGAACCAGGUGGAGGACCCAGCCCGGAGGGAGAAGAAGCUCGGACCUCCCCCCGCCCCGCCUCCCCUGCCCGCUCUGGCUCCCCAGCCCCAGAGACCACCAAUGAGAGUGUGCCCUUCGCCCAGCACAGCAGCCUGGAUUCCCGGAUUGAAAUGUUGCUGAAGGAGCAGCGCUCCAAGUUUUCUUUCCUGGCCUCUGACACGGAGGAGGAGGAAGAGAACAGCAGUGCGGGUUCUGGGGCACGAGACACCGGGAGUGAGGUGCCUUCUGGGUCAGGUCAUGGGCCUUGCACACCUCCUCCUGCCCCAGCUAAUUUUGAGGAUGUGGCACCUACAGGGAGUGGGGAACCAGGGGCUACCCGGGAGUCUCCUAAGGCCAACGGACAGAACCAGGCUUCUCCAUGCUCUUCUGGAGAGGACAUGGAGAUCUCCGAUGAUGACCGGGGUGGCUCACCUCCUCCAGCUCCAACGCCCCCCCAGCAGCCUCCUCCCCCACCCCCGCCCCCACCCCCUCCUCCACCCUACCUGGCUUCCCUUCCCCUUGGUUUUCCUCACCAGCCUGCCUACCUCCUUCCACCCCGACCUGAUGGGCCACCACCCCCUGAAUACCCUCCACCUCCACCGCCACCACCCCACAUCUAUGACUUUGUGAACUCCUUGGAACUUAUGGAUCGACUUGGGGCUCAGUGGGGAGGGAUGCCCAUGUCCUUCCAGAUGCAGACCCAGAUGUUAACUCGACUCCACCAGCUGCGGCAGGGCAAAGGGUUGACUGCUGCCUCCGCUGGUCCUCCCGGUGGGGCUUUUGGGGAAGCCUUCCUCCCUUUCCCGCCUCCGCAAGAGGCAGCCUAUGGUCUGCCCUAUGCUUUGUAUACACAAGGGCAAGAAGGCCGGGGGGCAUACUCCCGGGAAGCCUAUCACCUGCCUUUGCCCAUGGCAGCCGAACCCCUGCCUUCCUCCUCGGUCUCAGAAGAGGCCCGGCUGCCUCCCAGGGAGGAAGCAGAGCUGGCAGAAGGCAAGGCCCUACCAUCGGCCAGCACUGUGGGCCGUGUGCUGGCCACUCUAGUCCAAGAGAUGAAGAGCAUCAUGCAGCGAGACCUCAACCGCAAGAUGGUGGAGAAUGUGGCCUUUGGGGCCUUUGACCAGUGGUGGGAAAGCAAGGAAGAGAAGGCUAAGCCAUUCCAGAAUGCAGCCAAACAGCAGGCCAAGGAGGAGGAUAAAGAGAAGACGAAGCUGAGAGAACCAGGCAUGCUGUCGCUCGUAGACUGGGCCAAGAGCGGGGGUACUGCAGGCAUUGAGGCCUUCACCUUUGGGUCAGGGCUGCGAGGGGCCCUGCGGCUGCCUUCAUUUAAGGUGAAGCGGAAAGAACCAUCAGAAAUUUCAGAGGCCAGUGAAGAAAAGAGGCCCCGACCAUCUACUCCAGCCGAGGAGGAUGAAGAUGAUCCUGAACGAGACAAGGAGGUUGGUGAGCCAGGACGUCCGGGGACCAAGCCUCCAAAGCGAGAUGAAGAACGAGGAAAGACCCAGGGAAAGCACCGGAAGUCCUUUGCUCUGGACAGCGAAGGGGAGGAGGCGUCCCAAGAGUCCUCCUCUGACAAGGAUGAGGACGAGGAUGAGGAAGAUGAGGAAGAUGAAGAGCGAGAGGAGACUUUGGACACCACUAAGAAGGAGACAGAGGCAUCAGAUGGUGAGGAUGGGGAGAGCGAUUCAUCCUCCAAAUGUUCUCUGUAUGGUGACUCAGAUGGCGAGAAUGGCAGCACAUCAGACACCGAGAGCAGCGCAUCAGCCUCCUCUGCUUCAUCCUCCUCUUCAUCCUCCUCCUCCUCAUCAGAGUCCUCCGAGGAAGAGGACGAGGAAGAGGAGCAGCCCACAGCCAUCCCCUCGACCUCACCACCCCCCAGGGAAGUCCCGGAGCCACUCCCAGCACCUGUGGAGGAGCCUGAGCCUGAGCCAGCAGUUGGCUCCCCUGCUGCGCCUCUGCCUGCUCAGAAGUCUCCAGCCAGGCCUGCAGAUUCCACUGAGGAGCCGCCUCCCAGCAUACCCCAGCCACCCGCAGAGCCACCAGCUGGGCCCCCUGCCCCACCCCCCCGCCUGGAUGAACGCCCCUCAUCUCCCAUCCCUCUUUUGCCUCCACCCAAGAAACGUCGGAAAACUGUCUCCUUCUCUGCUCUAGAGGAGGUGCCGACUCCAGAGCCGCUGCCAGCUGCUCUUCCACAGGCCAAGCCGUCUGGCCCAGUGUCGCGAAAAGUCCCCCGGGGUGCCGAGCGGACCAUUCGCAACCUGCCCCUGGACCACGCAUCACUGGUCAAGAGCUGGCCAGAGGAAGUGUCCCGGGGUGGCCGGAGCCGGGCUGGAGGCCGAGGCCGCUCCACAGAGGAAGAAGAGGUUGAGCCAGCCACGGAAGUGGACCUGGCGACACUCGCUGACCUGGCCUUGACCCCAGCCCGGCGUGGGCUGGCUGCCUUGCCACCUGGGGACGACUCGGAGGCCACAGAGACCUCAGAUGAAGCUGACCGCCUGUGCCCCCCACUCAGUCACAUCCUCCUGGAGCACAACUACGCCCUGGCUGUCAAACCCGCGCCUUCCACACCGGCUCUGAGGCCCCUGGAGCCGGUCCCGGCCCCUGCGGCCCUCUUCAGCUCCCCAGCCGAUGAGGUCCUGGAGGCCCCCGAGGUGGUAGUGGCAGAAGCAGAAGAGUCAAAGCCACAGCAGCAGCUGCAGGUGCAGCCAGAGGAGGGGAAGGAAGAGGAGGGGGAAGAAGAGGAAUCCGAGUCUUCAGAGAGCAGCAGCAGCAGCAGCAGCAGCAGCGAUGGGGCUGGGGCUGGCCGGAGGCGCAGUCUCCGCUCCCAUGCCCGGCGCCGGCGGCCGCUGCUCCCCCCACCCCCACCGCCGCCGCCCUCCUUUGAGCCGAGAAGUGAGUUUGAACAGAUGACCAUCCUCUAUGACAUUUGGAACUCAGGCUUAGACUUGGAAGACAUGAGCUACCUGCGACUCACAUAUGAGCGGCUGCUGCAGCAGACCAGUGGGGCCGACUGGCUUAAUGAUACUCACUGGGUCCACCAUACAAUCACCAACCUGAGCACUCCCAAGCGCAAGCGGCGGCCCCAGGACGGACCCCGAGAGCACCAGACAGGUUCUGCACGCAGUGAAGGCUAUUACCCCAUAAGCAAGAAGGAGAAGGACAAGUACCUGGAUGUGUGCCCUGUCUCAGCCCGGCAGCUGGAAGGAGUGGACACUCAGGGGACUAAUCGUGUGCUUUCUGAGCGCCGGUCUGAGCAGCGGCGGCUGCUGAGUGCCAUUGGCACCUCAGCUAUCCUGGAUAGUGAUCUGCUAAAGCUGAAUCAGCUCAAGUUCCGGAAGAAGAAGCUCCGAUUUGGCCGGAGCCGGAUCCACGAAUGGGGUCUCUUUGCCAUGGAACCCAUUGCAGCUGAUGAGAUGGUCAUCGAAUAUGUGGGUCAGAACAUCCGCCAGAUGGUGGCCGACAUGCGCGAGAAGCGCUACGUGCAGGAGGGCAUUGGCAGCAGCUACCUGUUUCGGGUGGACCAUGACACCAUCAUCGAUGCUACCAAGUGCGGCAACCUGGCGAGGUUCAUCAACCACUGCUGCACGCCCAACUGCUAUGCCAAGGUGAUCACCAUUGAGUCGCAGAAGAAGAUCGUGAUUUACUCCAAGCAGCCCAUCGGGGUGGACGAGGAGAUCACCUAUGACUACAAAUUCCCCCUGGAAGACAAUAAGAUCCCGUGUCUGUGUGGCACCGAGAGCUGCCGUGGCUCCCUCAACUGAGGUGGGCAGGACUGGUGCCCACAGCCCUAUUUAUUCCCCCUUGGUGCCCUGAGCUCCCAGCACCCCCAGCCUUAGUGGGUUCAGCCGGGCCCUCAUGCCCCCAUCUGAAGGGCAGUUUGUUCCCCUGAGCCCAGCGAGGGAGCCUCAGACCCUCUUCUGCCUCCCUGUUGCCCCUGCCCACCCUCCUCACCCCUAAUUUUUUUUCUUUGCGGAGAAGAAGCUGUAAAUGUUUUGUAGCUGCCAGCAGCUGUUUCCUGUGGAAACCUGGGGUGCCGGCCUGUACAGAUCCUGUUCUUGGGGGCUGAACAGCCCUCUCGCUUUGUGUUAUGGGGAUUUCCCCUUGUGCCCUGCGUGCACCCCUCCCCGGUUUAGGGGUUUCUAGGGGCAGUGGCCAUGUUCUUCCCUGGAGGGGCCCUGUGCCCCCAUCCUGGGGACUCCGUGCCUGGAACCCUGCCUCAUCUUCUGUUCCUGCCAGACCCUGUGGGUCACCCUCCCACCCUGGUGUCUGGAGGCGCGUGCUCAGCCAGCCAGGAUGGUGGGGGGUGGGCCCUUGUUGGGCUGGAUUGUACAUAUGUUAAUAGCAGACUCAACACCACAUUUUUAUAAUUGUGAUUAAACUUUAUUGUA